UCCCUCUUCCUUCCUCCGUACCGCCUGAUCCCUGGUGGUCGCGAGUUGUUGUAGCGAUGAUGUCGUUGAUGCUCUGCGACGAAGAGUCUCUGCUCCAGCUGCUGGUCCUCACCACGCCCUUCCAUACGCUCGCAUCCUUACAGCUCAUCUAUUCCUGCCUUUUGACAAGGCGUCUAUCGCAUCCGAGGGCAUGUCCUACGGGCUAGGUCCAGAGCUGGACCUCAGCGACUUCAACAUCGUCUUGACCAUCCUCGGCAGCUUUAUCAUCUGCCUUGGUCUUAUAUCUUUCGUUGUCAAGGAGCGCCUCUACAUCAGCGACUCUCUCAUCGCACUGCUUAUCGGCGUAGCCCUUGGCCCGCUUGCUGCAGACUUUAUACGACCAGAGAGCUAUGGGUCUGUGGACGAGAUAACACUCAACUUGACGCGCCUCGUCAUUGGCGUGCAGCUUGUUCUUGCAGGCAUACAGCUGCCGAGUCUCUACUGUAUCCACAAAUGGAAGUCGCUUGCGAUGCUCGUCCUGCCCAUCAUGGCACUCAAGUGGAUCAUUGCAGCGCUCGUCAUCUGGCUCGUCUUUCCCAUGUCCUACCUCGAAGCGCUCGUGGUGGGCGCUUGCAUCACCCCAACGUACGUCUCUCCUGCAAGAGACUUGCUAAUCCUAGUGAUCCUGUGCUUGCAAAUGCCAUUGUCAAGGGCCGAUAUGCCGAAAAGUAUGUCGCGGAACACAUCAGAGACAUCAUCAGUGCGGAAGCAGGGCUCAACGACGGCCUGGGCUACCCAUUCCUCUUUCUUGCCGUCUAUUCACUGAAGGAGCCUUCCAGAGCUGCCGUUGUUGCAGACUGGUUCGUUCACAUCUGGUUCUACGAGAUUAUGCUUUCGAUCGCAUAUGGCAUCACCGUGGGCCUAAUUGCUCGAUACAUGCUGAAAUACGCUCUUGCGCGCAAAUGGGUAGACAACGAGGCCUUCUUUAGUUUCUUUGUUGCGCUUUCGCUUUUCGUUAUCGGUACAUGUGGUAUGCUCGGUACGGACGACCUCUUGGCCGCCUUUGCUGCCGGCAAUGCUUUUUCUCUGCACGAUUUCUACCGCGAUCAGACUGCAGAUGACACGCUUCAAACGUCGCUGGAUAUGCUACUCAAUCUGGCAACCUUUGUCUGGAUCGGCGCAACCAUGCCCUGGGCGGAGAUAUCUCACCUUGACCCUGGAUGGCGUAUGAUUGUCAUGGCCAUGGCGAUUCUUGCAUUUGGACGUAUACCGCCAGUCCUUGCGCUAUACAAGUUCAUUCCGCAGAUCAAGACCUUCAAGGAAGCCGGCUUUGUCGCAUACUUUGGACCGGUCGGCGUUGGUGCCAUCUUUUACGUUCAGAUUGCCAUCAAGUACUUCGAGAAGGAUCCAACCUACGAAGUCCUGUCUGCGCACCUCAAGCCGAUUGUCUACUCAAUGGCCUUUGGUUGUAUCUGCGUCUACGGCAUUACUCUACCUGUGGUCCAGCUCAGUUCACGCUUGCAGCCGCACUUUGUCUCCCUCAGUCGAUCCAUCAGUCGCAGAUAUACGACAGACAGCAAGGUCGAUCCAAUUGCUCGUCUACCUACGUGGAAGGAACCAACAGACAGUGCAGAUGACCUGGAAGCGGCUGGACCCAGUGCUGUACAUAUGGCGUCAACAGCACAUGAUGCAACCGUUGACGUGCCGCCGACACAUACAAUUCACCCUCAUCACGAACAUGAUGCGACAGUGGAGACGCGUCCGUCACGCACCAUUCAAUUCCUAUAGAUUUUUAGCGGCAGCCACAUUAGCAUCAUCAUCUUUGACUUUGACUUCAGCUGCCUCAACUUUGCUCUUCUUUGCUGGCUCUUCCGAAGUAGCAGCCGCUCGUUUUGUGCCCUUCUUCCUGACCAGUGUUGAGAGAUCUGUAGAUGUCUGCAUCGCCGCCACCAGGCUCUCCUUGAGGCUAGAUUCGUCUGUGUUAAAGAGCUUAGCAAUGUCUUCCUUCAUGAUGCGCUCAGGUGGCGCCUCAAGUUCGGCAAGCUUGACUUGUAACUCGUCGAGCAUCUCCUUUUCGUCCUUCUUCUUACUCUCGUCGCCUUCCUCAGCCA